CAGGAAGUCAUCCAACUUGGAGAAGCUGAAUGAGGGUACAACACCUCCCCCUUAUUAGAAGGAACUCCAGGUCUCAGCCAGCUUAUCGCCAGACACUCCUAGACAUGGCCUCAGAGACCCACAUGCUGGUCCCCAUAUGCCUCAUUGAGAAUGUUAAAGGGCAACUGAUGGUCAACCAGGAAGCCCUACGGAUCCUGUCAGCCAUCACACAGCCUGUGGUGGUGGUGGCCAUUGUGGGCCUCUACCGCACAGGCAAAUCCUACCUGAUGAACAAACUCGCUGGGAAGCAAAAGGGCUUCUCUCUGGGCGCCACAGUUCAGUCUCACACCAAAGGAAUUUGGAUGUGGUGUGUGCCUCAUCCCAAGAUGGCAGACCACACCCUAGUUCUGCUUGACACCGAGGGCCUGGGAGACGUAGAGAAGGGCGACAACCAGAACGACUCCUGGAUCUUUGCCCUGGCAGUCCUCCUGAGCAGCACUUUUGUGUACAACAGCAUGGGAACCAUCAACCAGCAGGCCAUGGACCAGCUGCACUAUGUGACAGAGCUGACAAAUCGAAUCAGAGCCAAAUCCUCCCCUGAUGAGAACGAGGUUGAGGAUUCAGCUGAAUUUGUGAGCUUCUUCCCAGACUUCGUGUGGACUCUGAGAGAUUUCUCCCUGGUCUUGGAACUAGAUGAACAGUCCAUCUCAGCAGAUGAGUACCUGGAUAAUGCCCUGAAGCUAAAGCAAGGUACUGAUAAAAAAGACAAAAAUUAUAAUCUGCCCCGACUCUGUAUCCGCAAGUUCUUCCCAAAAAAGAAAUGCUUUAUCUUUGAUAGACCCACUCAUAGAAAGAAGCUUGCCCAGCUAGAGACUCUGAAUGAUAAUCAGCUCGACAGUGAAUUUGUGCAACAAGUUGCAGAAUUCUGCUCAUACAUAUUCAACUAUUCCAAGGUUAAAACUCUUUCAGGAGGCAUCAAAGUCAAUGGACCUCGCUUGGAGAGCCUGGUGUUGACCUAUGUCAAUGCCAUCAGCAGUGGGGAUCUGCCCUGCAUGGAGAAUGCAGUCCUGGCCCUGGCCCAGAUUGAGAACUCAGCUGCUGUGCAGAAGGCCCUUGCCCACUAUGACCAGCAGAUGGAGCAGAAGGUACAGCUGCCCACAGAGACCCUCAAGGAGCUGCUGGACCUGCACAGGGCCUGUGAGAGAGAGGCCAUUGAGGUCUUCAUGAAACAUUCCUUCAAAGAUGUUGACCAACUAUUUCAAAAGGAUUUAGCGGCCCAGCUAGAAACAAAGCGGGAUGACUUUCAUAAGCAGAAUCUGAAAGCAUCUUCAGAUCGUUGCUCAGCUUUACUUCAGGACAUUUUCAGCCCUCUAGAAGAAGAUGUGAAGCAGGGAGUUUAUUCUAAACCAGGGGGCUAUCGUCUCUUUAUUCACAAGAUACAAGAGCUGAAGAAAAAGUACUAUGAGGAACCCAGGAAGGGGAUGCAGGCUGAAGAGAGUCUGCAGACAUACUUGAAGUCCAAGGAGGAUGUGACUGAUGCAAUUCUACAGACAGACCAGACUCUCACCGAAAAGGAAAAGGAGAUCGAAGUGGAGCGUGUGAAAGCUGAAUCUGCAGAGGCUGCAGCAAAAAUGUUGGAAGAAAUGCAAAAGAAGAAUGAGCAGCUGAUGGAACAGAAAGAGAGGAGUCAUCAGGAACACAUGAAACAGUUGACUGAGAAGAUGGAGCAGGACAGGGCCCAGAUGAAGCAAGAACAAGAGAGGAUCAUUGCUAUUAAACUUCAGGAACAAGCACGGUUACUAAAGGAGGGAUAUCAAGAAGAGAGCAAACGACUUCAUAAUGAGAUACAGAAUCUUCACAGGAUGAGAAAAACCAGAGAGUACAUGUGUCAUAAUCUAAAGACCUAAAGAUUAGAUGAUUCCUGUUGCUGUUAUGCAAAGGAUAGCUAAAGUAAUUUUAGAUUCUGGAAAAGUAUUGCUUCUUUUGAUAAUUGUGUCUUAUACUAUUAAAAAUUCUCAAAGACAAACACUAUGAUAAUUAAAAUCAUUGUUCCUUUUCCUUAAAAGAUUAUAAAUUGUGUAAUAAGGAUGCAUUUUAUAUCUGCCUCAACACAGGAAAUAUCACUGACAUUACUCAAGAAAAGUUUGUUCAAGUUGCCCACCAUUAGAUAAACGGACACUGAGAAGAGUCAUAAGUCUUGGCACACAGCUCGUAACCAAGUUACCCAAGUAUAUAAUGGGUCCAAUGUCAGAGGCAAUCGUUCUAGUUUACUCCUGAAGACAAUGUACAUUACACGAAGGAUAACCAAAUUAUGACCAAUAAUGGGAUUUCUAGACACUUGGCAACAGAUGAUCCUCACUGGUGAAUUCUAAGGUAAAAUAAGCCACCUUAUAUAGAAAUUCAGAAUCUCUAUAUAAUCUCUAAAGAAAGUGGAAGAAACCAUUAUCAUGAGAAGGCAUGAAUUAUAAACAAAUGUUCUAAACAAGAAAACUUUCCCUUUUGGACCCAAUUCAUCCAGAUCAUAACACUUUAGAAUUUUAGACAGUUGACAAUGGAUUACCCGGUAACAUUAUAACAAUGAUGUUCUGUGUACUUAGAGCAAUGUAGAAUUUGCAAAUGCAUAUUCAGGCUUUAAAUAAUGAAGAAUAAUGUGUUAGAAAACAAACUAACUUAAUGAUUGUUUAUAGUCAUAAAGCUUAAGCUAGUUUUUCUUAACUCUGAAGUCAUCUUUGAAAUUCCAUCAAUUUUCCACAAAGAGAAAAUGGAAUGCUCUUGACGUUUUUAAUAAAAUAUUGCUCUUAUUACUUGGUAUAUGCAUACUUUUCCCCAAUCAUCAGAAGUAGUUGAAUUUUCUUAAAAGGAUCAAGAAUUAUUUUUGAACUGGAAAUAAAAUGUGUUUCAUGAGUC